GGGCGCUGCACUGUGAUUAGCUGCGCUGACGUCGGACGCCGCCGCGGCGCGCUCUGCAGACUCCGGGUCGCCGCUCCGCCGGGACGCGUUGGGCCGGGGCGCGCGGUGCUUGGCUGCGGUGCUGACACUCAUGAGGAGCCGGAAGCUCACAGGUGCAGUGCGGUCUUCGGCGCGCUUAAAAGCACGAAGUUGUUCGGCAGCCAGGUUGGCCUCUGCCCAGGAAGUCGCUGGUUCCACGUCUGCCAAGACAGCAUGUCUGACUUCCUCAUCCCACAAAGCCACGGACAGGCGAAUGUCCAAGAAGUUCAAAUGUGACAAAGGACAUCUUGUAAAGUCAGAAUUACAGAAGCUUGUCCCUAAGAAUGACAGCGCUUCUUUGCCAAAAGUGACACCUGAGACCCCUUGUGAAAAUGAGUUUACUGAAGGCAGUGCCUUGCUUCCAGGCAGCAAGACUGGCGUUUCUGUGCAGCAGGGGGCUGCAAGUCUUCCCCUCGGUGGCUGCAGAGUUGUGAGUGACUCUCGCUUAGCAAAGACUAAAGAUGGCCUGUCUGUGCCGAAACACAGUGCCGGGUCCGGAGCAGAAGAAUCCAACAGCAGCUCCACUGUGCAGAAGCAGAAUGAGCCAGGGCUAGAGACAGAGGACGUGCAGAAGCCACCACUUCAGAUGGACAACAGCAUCUUUCUAGAUGACGACAGCAAUCAGCCAAUGCCCGUGAGCCGGUUCUUUGGAAACGUUGAGCUCAUGCAGGACCUCCCUCCUGCGUCUUCAUCUUGUCCUUCAAUGAGCAGACGAGAGUUCAGAAAAAUGCAUUUCAGAGCCAAAGAUGAUGAUGAUGACGAUGAAGAUGAUGAUGCAGAAAUGUAGAGGCCAUACAAAAUGAUGUCCUUGAGUAUUUAGUACCAUUAACAAUUUGGCAAUUUAGCACAUUACAAGAUUUAUAUAAAAUGUAUCUCCAAGAGAAUGUCUUAAUCAAACUUCAGAACUGACCCAUCAAAGUCAAUAGUGCAAAGCACCCAGUACCUGUGGAGGAUGUACUCAUGGGAACUAAAAUUCAAACCGUCUUUGAGGUUGCAAAGCUGCUGUACUGUGCCAAUGUCCUUUCUUUUUUUUUUUUUUUCCUUGGAGACAGAGUUUCUCUCUUGUCGCCCAGGCUGGAGUGCAAUGGCGCAAUCUCAGCUCACUACAACCUCCACUUCCUGGGUUCAAGUGAUUCUCCUGCCUCAGCCUCCUGAGUAGCCGGGAUUACAGGCGUGCGCCACCAUGCCCAGCUAGUUUUUGUAUUAUUAGUAGACACGGGGUUUCUCCAUGUUGGCCAGGCUGGUCUCAAACUCCUGACCUCUUGAUCCGCCUGCCUCAGCCUCCCAAAGUGCUGGGAUUACAGGCGUGAGCCACCAUGCCUGGCCAGUGUCCUUUCUUAUACACGUAUAUACAUGAUGAUGGCUUGAGUCAGCUGCAGGGCAGUGGGCUUAAUGAGAGGGAUCUUUGUAAAGACAGCUCUUCACUUCAGCUCAGUAGCUUUGGUCAUAGGCAAGUUUGUUUUCCAUUAUCAUAAUUUGAUCAUUCUUGUGAUGAAUUCAAUGCUGGUUCUUAAAGAACUCUUUUAUUUCUGUAUGCGGAGCUAAUGUUUACCUUGGAAAUUUUGCAAAAUACAUGUAAGGAAGAAAUAAAAUAUAUUUUGAAAAUA